UAUAUUAUCAGUUUAAAAAUCCUAAUUAUGAAAUCAAAAACACCCCAGCAUGGUGUAUCCUAUUAGUGCGUCAGUUCUCCCUAUUUAUAUACAUAGAGCAAACUAACUACUACAUCAUUGGAUUUCAGAAAUGGGUUGUUUCUGCAGUAGCAGUGAGGCCUGAAAUUAGAACGAAGCUGUGCGUUGUGGAGAGGGGGUCAGUGGCCUGAUGCCUCCAAUGUAGAUUACAGUUAAUAGUUAAAAAUAAUAGAUUCUGACUAUAUUUGACACACGUCACACAGUGUCGAUGUGUUUUACCCUUGAGACAGAAAAUGUAAAUCAUGAGAAAAAAUAUCAAAAUUUGUUUUUAUAUGUAUAAUCCUGAGAGGAAUUAACAGUUUAAUUUUUAGAGUUUGUACAAUUUUUUAAUUGCCUUUUUUAAUCAUGUCCAUGGUAAAUUCUCAUUUUAGGCGUUUUAACAAAACUGCAAAAAAACAAACAUCAAUUCUGUUUAUCAUUAACAAUAAUUCUCUUGGGAAGGGAACAUUUCCUGAAACUCUUGACAUCUUUUGAAAACAUCCAGUUGCACAUGAAUUUAACUAUUCACGUCAGAACAACAAGACUUAUGAUGUUCCAUUUAGAGAACAAAUAAGGCAAAGAUAAAGAUGGUAAUAUUUAACAGGUUAAAUGGAGCAGUUGUAGGGUUUAUCUAUAACCAACUUCCUGAAUUUCACAGUUUACGCUUCUUUAUCAUUACAGAAGCAAAUAGCAGAUACAAAAUUUUGUAAUAUUAAGACAAAUACUGUUAUCCAUCACAAAUAUUAGACAUAGUUAAACAAGAAUGAAAUUGCUGCAAAGUUUAUUUAUAUUUGAAAAAUAUUUUUUUAACAACGAAUAAUCUACAUAAGCUAUCCCAGAAAAGCUCUUCUGAAGUUAAAAGGUUUUAUUUUCGCUUUGCAGUAUUUAGUAUUAAACAGAGCAUGGUUCUGACUCAUCACAAACUGAUCCAACUGUUUGAGGCAUAGCAUGCUUUUUUAAAUGUUGCAGGCAAUAAUGAAGGCCAUCUCACAUCAGCAUCUACCUUGGUGGAAAACUGAUGACCUUCUCUGCUCUGCUCUGUGGCCUUUAGCUCAGAGGAAACCUGUUUGAGGAAGUAGACAUUGGCCUACGCAGGCAAGGGGGGAGGUCAGAGGUGACAUGACGAUGCCGUGUCACUUCCUCAUACAGAGGACAAUUAGGCCACAAUAUCAGCUCUCUGACCAACACCUGCACUGCUCUUUGCGAGGGAAAAAGGAGAAGAAACCAUGAAGCACAUAUGAAGUUGCACAUUUCAGCAAAUAUUAUGAAACAGGAAAAGCUUAGGCUGAUUAAGUUACACUUUUAAAAUGAAUGUGCUAGAUAGUGCUCUUCCAAGAGUUGGGUGUGUGUAUUCAGCAGGUUUGUUCCUCAUCAGGACGGCUAAAGGUCGCUUGUCAAAACAGAGAUAUCAGUCAAGUCAACAUGCCAUUGUCAUUUUAUUUAGAUUUAUUUGUUUGAUUUAGAAAUCUCUUCCUUCUGCAGCUCUAUGUUUUAGUUAUUUCUCUCUGUUAAAUUGUGAUGAUAUAAAAAGCAUACGAAAAUACAGGUAAAGCCUUCAAUAAACCAGGAUCAAAACUUUAAGCGACUUAACAUAUAAAAGUGUACAUAGGACGAAAUCCCUGUCUUAACUUGGUGGGACUAAACACAUAGUCAAGCCCAAACUGUUUCCAUACCUGUGGCAGAUUCAGGUUUAAAGUGGUCUUUACAUUUAACCAGCAUGGUUCUUUGGACUGGAAGUAAUAUAACCACUUUGGAUUAGAUGGCUGGCCCACUCCGAAUCUGGAGGGAUCUAAAAAUUAGGGUGAUUGCAAAAAGGCCCUCCAUCGUCAAAGAUUUGGAGCUCAUUACCACAGAUAAAUUGUCUGAAUUCCAGUGGUGGUAUUCAGACAAUUUAGCUUUUUUUUUAUAUAUAUAGUUCAAUAUUAUCUCUAUCUUAGAAUAUGGUGAUAAAAAUGACAAAAGUUAUGUUGAAACAUUAUAUUAUUCUUUUAUUUUUAUUAGUGUACAGUGGUGCAUUCAGUACAUUCAAGUACAUAUAAAAUGGGGUCUGUUACCACCACAAACUAAUGAAAAAUAAAAGUGAAGAAUAUUGUAAAAGGGUCUGCUUAUGAGAUAAAAUAAUAAUUUCCAAGAAGUGCUAUUAUUAUUAUAUUCAUAGACAUACAGUAUAUAAAUAUUAUAUAUGUCUAUGAUUAGAUGACAGAAAGAUACUUCCUGAUAGCUCGUCAUUGAUCACAUGACCAGCUGCUGGGACUUUUUAUAACGGUCAAAACGGCAUCCUGGAAGUUUUAGACAACAACAGGAUUCAGCAGCAAACACGAACCGAGACGGAACCAAAGCAAACUAAGCAUGUUUCCAUAGUAAUUUAUCUGCUGUCUGGGGGGAGCUGUGGGUUACUUCCGGUUGUAGCGCGUGGAGAUGAUGACGUCACCGUCUUCUCCUCGCGGGAUUAGCUCACAGCAGCAGCUCAGAGGAAAACCAGGAUGUGGAUGAAAACGAAAUUCAAACUUCACCGUGUGAGAAUAAUUUAAGGACAACAGUGAAGAGAACUUAGUUAGAGAUGCUUCUGAUCCUGUCCCUGCUGGUUAUGUGUGCGCCACUAGGGGGCAACCCAUCCCCAAUCAGCUGCUACAACGACCAAGGUGAUGCUGUUGAUUGGUUUUACCUAUACAAGCUGCCUAAAGAAGGGGGCAGACAAUCUGAGAGAACGGGUGAGACGUAUUUAUUGCUGGACAAAGGGAGUGAAGGAUGGAGUGAGGGAAAGGUGACAGUAAACAACACCAUGGGAGCUUUGGGGCGGACGGUCGGACAGCUGUACUCACAGGAAAAGAACUCAGAGGUAGCCUUCAUCCUUUACAAUGACCAGAAGCCUGCUGAGGAGUUUGGUGGCAGAUGGGCUGAAAGCAGUGGAAACCGAGGGGGGCACACGAAAGGUGUUGUUCUGCUGGACAAAAACCAGGGCUUCUGGUUGGUCCACAGCACCCCGCACUUCCCCCCUGAGCGACAGGAAGGACAGUUUUAUUAUCCUAGCAGUGGAGUGAACAACGGGCAGAACUUCAUCUGCGUCACCUACCCACUAGAACUUUUUCAGACCAUCGGAGAGCAGCUGCAGAUCAAUCAACCUAAUGUGUACGACUGUGACGUCCCAGAGUCCUUGACGUCCUUGGUGCCUGGUCUGGCUGCUGUCUGCAACAAGAAGCUUCUGUCCUCUCAGAUCUUUCCACAUGUGAACACUGUGUCCAACCGCAGCGUGACCCUGACCUCGAUGGGUGGCACUGACUUCAUCAGCUUUGCCAAAGGAGCAAAAUUUAAUGAUGACCUCUAUCACUCGUGGGUGGCACCCGCCCUUAAGUCUGACCUCCUGGUUCAGUUCUGGAUCCGCUCCACAGGGAUCCUCCCCUCGAACUGCUCACUGGGCUGGAAGGUCCUGGACAUUGAACUCAUCAACCCGGGGGACACAUUCACCUUCAAGGCCUCCCAGGACCACUCUAAGUGGGCCGUCAGCCCGAAGGCAGCACAGGGCGGGUCCCAAGGAAGAGGGGGAGGCUGGGUGUGUGUGGGGGACAUAAACAGGAACGAAGCGGAGGAGCGGCGGGGAGGAGGCACUGUGUGUCUUCAAGAUCCGGUGGUGUGGAAGGCUUACCGGACCGCAGCGCUGCAGUGCGAGGCCUGUGGAGGAGGUACGGUCGAGUGUUGACUCUCUGCGCGAAGCUUAAGGGUCGACUGAGUUCCAGGAUGGUGGAGGAGCUCUGUGCUUGGGUUUUAUGGGAAAUAUUUAAACACGCUUGGUACACUGGGAUUAAGUUUAACAUACAGUUACUAACAAAAACAAAGGUAAGCACCCAGCGGUCCAAUAGUGGUCCAGUUUGGACAUAAUUUGGUGAAUGUGCAGACCAGAGAUGACGAUGUAAAUGAUUUGGAGCUGGCAGAUUUGAAACGGUACCUGGGAGCCCAAGUGGGGCAUCACAAAUGGAGCGAUACCUUAUUGUGGCAAGUCUGGAUCCUCUGACAGUCGGUCAAAACAGGAAGUAAACAGCAGACACCAAAGAUUGGGGUUCCUUUUUCAAAAAUCUGGAAAAUUAUGGAUUUCAGUAUUUUUUAUAUUAAAACAAGAGACUGAAAAAAUAUUUGUUUUCAGAUGGUUGUUACCCAGGUGAUGGAACAGGUAGCCAUGACAACUAAGUACUUUGAUUUUUAGACCAUAAACUGCUUCAACAAACAGCAGAAACUGAUUUUUGUGCUGAAAUAUCUGCUGUAAAUUCAUAUCUAACCUUUGCACCUAUACCCUAAAAAUGUACCAAGAAAUCUAGAAGUUUUUAUUCUUUGGAAAAGUAUAGAAUUUUGAGAUAAAAGGGUAGGAGUACAGGAUUCCUCGUACAGACAGCCACUACAGUUUGAUAGAGGUCACUUUCUGGGACUGCUUGCUCCGUGACGGGGGUCACUCUCCAUCUCAAGUCAGGGAGUGCAUGGAUCUUUUCUUCUUAUUCAGCAGUGAUGAUAGGACGGAGUAGGACACGGCUUGAUGGAUUGGGGUUCGUCUGCAGUAGUAAUGCAGCUUCUUACAGUUCAAAUAAUUUACUGUACAUAUUCAUUACUGGUCUCCAUUUGGACCAAAUUAUUAUUCCCUCGGGCUGCCUGUUUUUGUCAGUGAAUGUAAUUUAAGUCUAAUUGUAAUUUUUGCUGUUGAGAAGUUUUAAAAAUUUGACAAUUUUGUCUUAACGCGUUACUUUGGACAACUUUACAUGUCACGAUUAUUUCUUAAGAGUUUCUAACGGAGUAAAAGUUUACAUUCAAGUACCUCAUUGGUUUGACUGUAAGAUGCUCAGGUAUUUAUGUUUGUACACUGGAAGAAAAAUACUCCAAUAAUCAACAGGUGGCAGUAAUGCCCUGCAAAGCACCACAAAGAUGAAGCAUAAAGACCUCAAAAUGGUAAACAUCAUACAUGCAGAUUCAAAGCUGUACUUUCACAUAUGCAUAAAAAUGAUAUUCAUUUAACGAAGCUGUUAAAUAUGAGGGAGCUAGUUUGCAAUUGAAUCCUAAACCAACGUAAAGAUGCAGCUCAGAUGAACAUCAUUAGCACUAAAAGCAAUUCCAGUUAACUGCAAAUUGAUUGUUUUUAAGGGAAAUUCGAUUCAUAAUGGCCGAACAGUCAUGGAGUGUGCAUGUCAAGACAGCAAAGUAAAGGAUGGCUUUCAGAAGAACAGAAGUAUGAUUCAUCAUGUUUUCUUUGAUUCUUAAUGCAAAUGGAGCAGCGCAGGAGGAGGACGAGUUUUAAAAUCUGACAGCAAGCUGGGGAGGUAUGAGAUAUGGUGCUUUUAAACCAGAUCAAAAACCCUAAAAGGGCCUCUUAAAAAAUAAAAAAGUGAUAGUUCAAGUGUUUUUCACAGCUGCUGAAACUAAAGAGACUCUCCUGCAAAUAGAUGAGAGCAGAUUCAGAGCAUGCAAAGGUGUUCGCUGAGGGACUGGCAUGCUCUGCUUCUUGAAAAGCAAAUGGAUUCUUUUUUAUUUUAGGGUUCUGGAACAAAUCAGGUUUGAUGAUUUUCUGUAACGUCUCUAUGAACGUUUGGGUCUAACUCAAACAGCCUUUUUUUCCUGCACUGCUUUACUUUAGCCUUCAGUCUGACCUUGAUUUCUCUCGAAGAUAAAGAUGUUGGCUGCCUUUAAUUUGAAUAAAAAAACUGCUGCA